CCUCUUUGGCUUUUAGAAUGAGCACUGAAGAGCUAUUGACUAUCAACCACUUCGAGCUCAAGUUCCCAUUUGAGCUUAGAAAACCAAUCUCAUGUUCAUUUGAGUUGCUGAACAGAACAGAUAAUCACGCUGCAUUCAAGGUUAAGACAACUAAUCCAAGGAAGUAUAUUGUAAGGCCGAACUAUGGCAUCGUCCUACCUAGAUCAAGGUGUAAUGUCACAGUUACAAUGCAAGCUCAAAGUGGGACACCACUCGAUAUGCAAAGCAAAGACAAAUUUCUACUUCAGUGUGUGAUUACUCACCCUGGUGCUGCACCUAAAGAUAUCUGCCAAGAGAUGUUUAAUAAGGAGGUGGGAAAGUAUGUACAAGAAUGCAAAUUGAAAGUUGUGUAUGUUACGCCACGAAGACCACCAUCCCCAGUCCCAGAAGAACCUGAAGAAUCUAAGGUUCAAAUUUUGAAAUUAGUGGAUGAGCGGGAUACUACUAUUCAAAAAAAUGGCAAACUGCGACGAGAGUUGGAAUCUUUGAAGCGACGAGAUCCUCACAAGCGUGCAAUGGUUCCCAUUCUGUAUGCUUUUCUGGUUGGCUUGAUUGGCAUUCUAAUGGGAUACUGUUCUUCUUAAAUUAAGAAAGUAUUUGUCAAGUCAAAGGGGCUUGGUUUUGAUUUGACGUGAUAUUUUUGUUUUGGUUUGACCCUUCUCUAGCAAUAUGUACAUCUUGAGACUGGUUGCAACGUAACCUUGUGCGUGAAAAAUGGAAAUUUAUAUGUAGUACUUUUGACUUGUGUACAAUCUUGUAAAGAAGAUAGAGCAAUGUGCUAAAAUGGGUGUCUAGCAUAGUAGCAUGAGGAAUUCAAUGAAACGUCC